AUGCGGAGCAUACCGUUGGGAAUCUCGGUGACCUCAACCUCAACCUCCAUAAACAACUCCAGAACUUCGUCUUGUCUCAACAACAAUCUCAAUUUCAAGAAACCACUGAACCCAUCUUUCCCUUCUAGGGUUCCUCGCUCUUCCCAUGAAUUCUCUUUCUUCUCCUCUCCCUCCAAAUCAGGUGCAAAAAGAUCAAUUGUCCUUGCUACUUGCCUACUGUUUGGCCUCUCAGUCACUGUCAUAUUAUCGGGUAUUGUUCCGCCAUUUACUGAAGACACUGCCAGAGCUGUAAAUGUUGUGCAUGUUGUGGAUACAACAGGAAGAUUUGAGGGAAAGCAAGAUACUAGCUCAUAUGUAUCUCUAUUUUCUGUAACUCCUGGAAAGUUGAACAAGGAGGUGGAACAAAUUAAAGAAGGUUUCAUAUGUGGUAGAGAGAAAGUUGUUGAUUUUGUUACUUUUUCAGUCAAAUAUGGUUGUUGGACCUAUGAUGACACUGAAGGCGGGUGGAGCAAAUCAGAUAUUCCCACAUUUCACGUCGAUAGUGAUACUAAGAGUAGUGAAAGAAUCACACAAGUUUCACUUGAUACAAAAGGUUCAAUACGGUGGGUUCUUGCGAUCAAUACCGAGGAAAUAGAAGAUUUCAAGUUCAAAGUAAAUUCAGAGGAGCUAGUUCCACUUGGUGACAAGAGCAGUGGAGAUGGAUGGCACAUUAUUCAAUUUUCUGGAGGGAAGAAUGCACCUACGAUAUUUGAUCUAACUCUUUUCUGGAAGAAAAAUUCUACACGAUCGUCUCACAAGGGGGAUGGGUGGCCCCUUUUGAAGUUGAGAACCGAUGUGGACAGAAUAACGCCAAAAACUGAGCAAGUUCUUUUGAAGCUUCCUCCUUGGUGUUCCCUGUUUGGAAAGUCCACUUCUCCCCAUACACUAGCUUUUCUAACUAGUCUUCCUGUUAAUUUAUAGGGACCCCAAUCUCAUAUUCAGGGUUGCACAAUGUAUUUUUCAGUUUAACUGAAACUGAAAUUGUAACAUUAAUAUUUUCAUAGGGUAGAAGAAAAAAGAAAGUCAAAUCUUUCCGCUUGUCAGAUAAACAGCUAAUGUAUGAGUAGAUAGAAGAGGCACAGGUGAGAUUUUUUUUUAUUAUUUAUUUUUCCCUUAAUUGUUGAACUUUCUGUUGGCCGUCUGAUCGCUUUUAUACUUGCAUUGCUC